AUGAGUGUAGCUUCCCUUUUUGUCAACCCAAUAAAGGGUAAACUACUGAACAGAGUGAAAAUGGACAAAGGCUACCUCCUGUACAGCACGGUGAGCAAACGGUUUGGAGAACUUCAUCAGCCAAGAACUAAAAACGAAAAGAAGGAUCACCUCGAAAUGAUUGACGAGGUAUUCUUUGACAUGGCCGACGCGAUGAGAGAAAAGAAGAAACUGGAAAUGGAAGAAUAUAGCAGCUUACAUAGAAACAUUUCCGAAAUUAUUUUGAACCAUAACACAUCUAAGAAGAACCAGGUUGUGAAGAACAUAAUGCGAUACUGCAUCGAGUUGAGCAGAAGUAGCAAAGUGGAUGGUCAAAGAAAUAAAAAAAAAAAAAAAAAAAAAAAAGGGGGAGACACGAACGAAGUACAAAUGAUCGAAGAAGAAGGAAUAGUCGUAGACGUACUAUUGGAAGAGGAAAAAAAAAAAGACGUCCUGAACAUCAUCAAGUGUAACAUAAAAGAGCACUCCAGUCAGUUCAAUUCAUGCGAAAUAGGAAUUAUUUUCAAGUGCCUCCUCAAAAUAAAAGUAAACGAUCCAUGCAUCGUAAAUACACUACUGCAAAAUUAUUUUAGGCGAAAUAUGAAGUUCUCCCAAUAUGGGUCUCUAUAUGUUCUUCAUGCCUUUGCCAAGUUAAAGUUAUUACCUGAGGAGGAAAAUAAAUUCAAACUGCUAUGCGCAGAUAUAGUGAAAAAAAUUAACAAUUUUGAGUUCAAAAAUUUAUGCUUGGUUUGUAACUACAUCUCUUCCUUGUAUAACUUUAACAAAUUUUACACCAGAAAUGUUGUGGAGCAGAUAUGCUCAUAUCUUAUUGGGGGGAAUUCCCACAACCAAGAUCCCCAUGAGGGAGGCCCAUGUGUAUACCCCGAUUCAGUGUGGUGUCCCGAUUCGAUUCAUUACGUGGCAAAUGCAUGUGCCAGAGUUAACCAUUUGAACAAGGAACUUUUUCAAUUUUUGAAGAAUAAAAUUGAAGAGAAAGCUGCACACUUUUCCAUAGACCAGCUUGUCUCCCUAACCAAUGCGUACAGUAAAUUCAAAAGUGCAGAAGAAGCAAAUUUCCUAACAUUAUACAUACGCAUAGCAGAAGAAUUAAUAAAUAAAUCUUAUUUGCUCAAACCAAGACAUUUAAGCGUUUUAGCCAACUCGUUCAAUAAUGCAUGUGUGCUACAUGAGGAACUGUUCCACAUCAUUACUGAAAAUAGUUUACUUCUUCUAAGUUCUUUUGAACCAAAACAGAUCGUAAUGAUUAUCCAUGCGUACGUAAAUAUCGGUUUAUCAAACAAUGCACUUUUGGAGUCCAUCUGGAAUACUGCCGUGGUAUUUAUUCACGAGUACACCUUGCAGGAGUUGUCCAUGUUGCUCCAGGCAUAUACGAAGAGUUCCCAACACCGACAGGAUUUCUUCCACCAACUGAGCCGAAAAAUUUAUUCGCUCAUUACCACGUCUUAUCCAUUUCUGGAACAAAAUGAAACUACCAAUUCGGUAACAUACACUGAUCAAAAGUACGUAGAAAUGAUCCAAAAGACUAAGGUGGUAGAAAAUUUAACUCCAGAAAGGGUUACAUCAGAAAAACUAUUCUCCAUUCUAUACCUCUUGAUUAAUCACCAGUAUUAUUGUACAUAUGUGGAUAACCUCUCAACCGAGUCAGACGCCAAGCAGAAUUACCGUCUCCAUUCCAGGGAGCAAAUCCAAAUUGGCAGUCCCUCAAAAGGACCAACAACAAGUAACGAUUUAAAUUCAAAUAAACAUUUUAACAACUAUAAUGAACAUACAUUGAAUGAAAAAAAGGACGAGCCAUACGAUUUUCUGAUUAGAAAGGUGGGGAUGAUGGAAGAACCUCCUCAUGCUAAUCAUUGUAGUGAGAAUUACAAUGGGGCGUCUCCUUCGACAACAACCUUGUCUGGUAAAACGAAACCACAGAAAGGUGACGAUCCAAGUGAGGAACAUUCUCCCCACGAAAACAGCCCCUCGUGCGAUGUACCAAAAAUGUACUAUAACAGCUCAAAUAGCCAUUCAUUGGACAUAAGCAAAAUGGAACAACUGCUAAUAACCCAUCUUAAUAAAGACAUAAAUCCCACCUUGAUAUGCUCAAUAAUCUAUUCCUUAAUUAAAGGCAACUGCAUGCUCCAAUACGACUUGCUCAUAUGCCUAUCCAAAUUAGCACUCAUCUUUCUCAAGCAGUUUAAAAUUUCAGAGCUAGCAAAUGUGUGCUCUGCUCUCUCAGAGGCCUAUGUGCGUGCAUCCGAUGAAAAUAAUAGGCAAAAUGAACUGAUAGCGAAAUGGCAAAAUAGGAAAGAUCCAGAGGAAAUGGCUGAUGAGGAGGGAGCUCCUUCAUCCGAAACUGCCUCAUCAUAUAAUGUGGGGAUAUCGAAUAGGAAAAACAAAAGUGAGAAGAGUCUACCAGCCUACGAUGAACAACUAUACAAUUUAUCCAAACAAUAUUUAACCAUGUGCACCCUCUUUUUCGAUAACGUACAAUCCUAUUUGGGAGGGAAAAAAAAAUCAUUUACUGAUGUGCACAGUACGUACAAAUUGAUAACUGCCUUUGGAGGCCUCCGCAUGAGCAAGUACUCCUCCAUCUCCUUACAUUUAUUUAGUCUCUCUCUCCUAGAGAUUAAGCACUUGUCCUAUUUGCCCCUCCAGAAAAUGGCAAAUGCGUUCAUGCAAAUGAACGUCUAUAAUGAAGACGUCUAUGCAUUUAUAAACAAAAUACAAAAAACGAAAAAGAACAAGUGA